AUGAAAUUCUCUCAAUGGACUCCUAAAGCUUCCACUUCCCGAUUCUUUCUCAUCCUCGGCGCCACCAUCUCCGUCGCCGUCGCUGCCGUAGACAACGACAACGCCGUGAUGUCGAGCCUCCUCGAGGCCAUAUCUCCUUCCCCAACCGGCUGGUCUCACUCUGCUCACCAUUGCUCCAAAUGGACAGGCGUAAACUGUAGCUCCUCCGGCCGAGUCACCACCAUCAGCUUAGCCAAUCUCUCUCUAAUGGGAACUCUCCCUUCCAAUCUCGCUUCUCUCUCUGAACUAACUCACUUCAAUCUCAAAGGCAACCGCUUCUCUGGGCCAUUGCCUUCCUUCGCCAACCUUUCUUUUCUCCAAGAAAUCUUCCUUGACUACAACAAUUUCACGUCCGUACCCUCUCAUUGUUUCCAAGGACUCACCAGUUUGAUGGUCUUGACUAUGGAUCAAAAUCGCAAUCUCGCCCAGUGGGAUUUUCCCAUUGAGCUUACUGGAUCUCCAAGCUUGGUUAAUCUAAGCAUGGUCAGUUGUAAUGUAAGGGGUACCUUACCAGACAUCUUCGGUUCUUUCCCGAACUUGCAUGGUUUGACUCUUUCUCACAAUUAUCUCACUGGGGUUUUGCCUCCGAGCUUCGCUGAAUCUGGGAUGCAGAAACUCAUGCUCGACAAUCAGAAAACUAAACUAGUAGGUACAAUCAACGUAGUAUCGAACAUGACCAAGUUGUCCCAAGUCUGGCUUUCUGGCAACUAUUUCUCUGGUCAAAUCCCGGACCUGUCAAAGCUAGACACCCUUUUCGAUCUACAACUCCAGGAUAACCAAUUCACUGGCGUUGUUCCAAGCUCAUUGAUAUCGAUCAGGAGCUUACGAAGUGUGUCUUUGAAGAACAAUCUGUUGCAGGGUCCUCAACCUUUGUUCCCUCCCUACGUAACCAUUGUUGAUGUUGUGGGGAUCGAUAGCUAUUGUAGGGACACUCCUGGUCGUUGCGAUAGGCAGGUAGAGGUGUUGCUUGAGGUUGCCAGAGAUUUGGGGUACCCUUCAGUGCUCGCUAAAAAUUGGCGAGGGAAUGAUGUUUGCAAAGACUGGACUUACGUUGGUUGCGAUUCGCAAGGAAACAUUACGAAGGUGAAUUUUCACAAGCGGCAUUUGGAUGGGAGGAUCUCCCCUGCUUUUGCCAAUCUUACAGAGUUGCAUAAGUUGUGGUUGAAUAACAAUAACUUGACCGGUCCCAUUCCAGAGAGCUUAACACUCUUGCCUCAUCUCCAGAUUCUUAAUGUUUCUUAUAACAAUCUUAGUGGAACAGUUCCAAAGUUUCAAUCCACGGUGGAUUUAAUUACUGCUGGUAAUCCACUAAUGGGGAAUUAUACUUCUAGCUUGAAGCAUAAUAAUGAGACUUUAUCGAAUGGUACUCCUCCGGUUAUGCCUGGUAUAAAUCUUUGCAUAGCUGCUGAUGUCACUGGAGGAGAACUGAACAUCGUUCCAGUUAAAGCAGUAAAAGGAAACAGAAGAGAAUUCAAGCUGCAACAGCUGUUGCAAUUGGGCUAA